CUGAAUAACUGGUUCCUUCUGGCUUUUUUGGAACUAAUGGGAGAGAACAGUUCUGGUUCUGGUUGCUGAGCAUAGAUCUGAGCUGCUCCAACUUUAAUGAAUGAAGUAGUGAAGUCUUUGUCACUUGAUACUGCAGGUUCUGAUCAUGGUGGCCCGUGACCUGAACAUGAGCCCUGCUGGGUCAAAUCCUCCUGUUCGGCACAGAGGUAUCUUCAACAGCAUCAAGUUCUUUGUGUUCUGCCACAGUUUGCUGCAGCUGGCACAGCUGUUGGUGUCGGGCUACAUGAAAAGCUCCAUCUCCACCAUCGAGCGGCGCUACGGUCUGUCCAGCCAGAAGUCUGGGCUGUUGGCCGCCUUCAACGAGGUGGGAAACACCGUCUUCAUCAUCUUCGUGAGUUUCCUCGGCAGCAGAGUCCACCGGCCGCGCUUCAUCGGCGGCGGAGCCCUGCUGGCCUGUGUGGCCUCGCUGCUGAUGGCGCUGCCACACUUUGUGUUCGGACCGUACAAGUACAGCCACCACGUGGCCUCCUCCAAGGACAACAGCUCUGGCCUCUGCCAGACCGGCAGCUCUGCCACCCCCUUGUCCUCCAACCAGAGCUGCAGCGAGCAGGAGGACCAGGCCCAGCAGGGGGUCUACCUUCUACUGCUGCUGGCUCAGCUGCUGUUGGGCAUCGCAGCUGUCCCCAUCCAGCCCUUCGGCAUCUCCUACAUCGAUGACUAUGCCAGCAAGAAGAACUCUCCACUCUACCUCGGGAUCCUGCUCGCUAUGACGUCCAUCGGUCCCGCCCUUGGUUUCGUCAGCGGCGCUGCCAUGCUGCGCUUUUACGUCGACUUCAACAAGUUGUCUAAAGACCAGAUCCAGCUGGACAACAGCGACCUGCGCUGGGUGGGAGCCUGGUGGCUCGGUUUCCUGGCGGCCUCCUGCCUCCUCUUCCUCGCUGCGCUGCCGUACUUCUUCUUUCCCAGGAACAUGGCUAAAGAGGAGGGUGCCAGCGAUGUCCAGUCCAGCCCAGACAAUCAGCAGCAGCAGCCAGACGAGCUCCAGGAACUGUCCCUGUUUCAGUUCCUCAAAAGUUUUCCUCGCAUCGUUCUGCGGAUGCUGAAGAGUCCCAUUUAUCUGCUGGUGGUUCUGGCCCAGGUCAACCUGGCGGCUCUGCUCGCUGGCCUCGCUACCUUCAUGGCCAAGUUCAUAGAGAGGCAGUUCAACCGGACUGUGUCCUUCUCUAACAUGAUGAUUGGAUCCGUGGGCAUCCCCAUGGCCGUGCUGGGGACCGUGCUGGGGGGGGUUCUGAUGCGGAGGCUCGGUCUGUCGGUGAGCGGUGCCAGCAGGUUGUGUGCUGCAGCCGUCCUGCUGUGCCUGCUCUCUGCCUUCCCGCUGCUGUUGGUGGGCUGCUCCACCCAGCAGGUGGCCGGCAUCUUCCCUCGCAGCCCUGAUGCGGCGCAGUGCACUUCUGACUGUCACUGUUCUCACGAGGCCUUUAACCCGGUGUGUGGCACCGACGGCGUGGAGUUCAGGUCCCCCUGUCACGCCGGCUGCAAGGCCAUGGAGAUGGACGGCAGCUCCAGAGUCAGAAACUACACUCAAUGUGCCUGCGUGGGCGGCCUCAGCCACGCUUCCCCAGGAACCUGCGGUAGUGGCUGUUCCCACCUCCUCCACCCCUUCCUGCUUCUCCUGGGCCUCACUGCCUUUAUUGCCGCCUUCUCCCAGACCCCGUCCUGCAUGAUGAUUCUCAGGACUGUGACCCCUGAGGACAAGUCCUUUGCUGUGGGAAUUCAGUACAUGCUGUUCAGGGUCCUCGCGUUCAUGCCUGGCCCGGUUCUGUACGGCAGCGUCAUCGACACCACCUGCAUCCUGUGGGCCCAGAAGUGUGGGAAGCCAACAUCCUGCCUCUACUACGACCUGGACCACUUCAGACAAAGGUUCCUGGGUCUCAUGGUGGUCUUCGUCUGCGGGGCGCUGCUCUGCUUCCUGCUCACCGUCCGGGUUCUACGUGGUUCUGCUGGGCAGCAGGAGCCACAGCCAGAGGACAAAGGACCGUACAGGCUGGUGGACGGGUCAAAGACACUGGAGGACGCUCCCUCCAAAGAAAAGGAAACCAUGGCAACGGAGACCUGACAGGAAACGAGGACGAGUGAGGCACAGAUGCAGGAGAUGGAGUGUGAGACAACGGUGGCAGAGCUGCUGAAAGUUGCUGCCACGCGCGCGGCGCCAUCUUUGAAACUUUUACACUCUUUGUGCAGCCAGUGCUGGUGCAGAGGUCCUGUGUUUGUGUUCAGGCUGAUCCAUGUAUUCUCACUUCAAAUGCUUCUACUACAAACGAUAAGCUCCGCUUUAAAGGGCUGAGCAGGCGCUGGCCUCAUUGACACGCCGUCAGGCCACUGGUUUCCUUAUGUUCAUCCACACUGAAAGUCCUCAGGUUUACUGGUCCAACAGUGUCACUCUGGGUUGCAGCUGGCAAACUAAGAUAGUGAACAGAUGGCCCCACUGGGAUGCCAAUGGUAAGAAAGUACGUCAAUCACUUUGGCCCCACAGAAGGUCACAAACUCGCCGUCAGCUGCAGACUCUGAUAUUUGUGUAUGACGGGGCUUUUACUGUGACAAUCAUAUUAUCACAUUUUCACAUUAUACUGGGGUUCAGUAGACAUUUUAAACAUAUCACUAAACGUUUACCAAGUAUAAAGACGUGCUUUUCCUGAGGCUUUAAUUGCAAACAUGAGCCUUGUGCAUAUUUCCAGUUUUUUUCAGUUUAAUCUAUUACAGUAUCAGCUUCAUUACUUGUUGAAUUAUUUGACUUCUUAUAUUAAAAUAUAACAAAAUCGUUUUAUUCAUGAGAAAUCACAAAACAAGCUUUUGUUUAUUGCUUUUCACUGAUGUGUUGCCAAACAAUGUUUUCAUAUUCUAAAACAGUACACAACUCCA